UUUUAUUUUUUUUGAGUGAGCGUCUCGCAGUAACUCCUCCCUGUCGGUAGGUGGCGCUGCUGAUCUGUGGCGCAAACGUGAUGCRAAACUUCCAGUAAACAAAAACAGUGGCGUUUCGUGUAAACUCAGUAACUUUGACGUUUUAAAAUGAAUAGUAGCGAAAAUGAGAUGGAAGAGGACGAAAUCGAUUGGAAUGACUCGUUCGUGGAUUCAACAGCACUUUGCUCCGCCAUGUCUGCAGCUGCUUCUGGCCCAUCAUCAGGACCUGCACACAGAGUCAUUCUUCAUUUUGACCUGGACUGCUUCUAUGCACAGGUGGAAAUGAUAAGAAAUCCAGCUCUGAGGAAUGUCCCUUUAGGUAUUCAGCAGAAAUACAUCGUAGUCACCUCUAAUUAUGUGGCAAGGGAGCGGGGCAUCACAAAGCUGAUGUCUGUUACUCAUGCAAAAGAGAAAUGCCCUGAGCUGGUGCUGGUUAAAGGAGAAGACCUGACACACUACAGAGAAAUGUCCUAUAAAGUCACAGAGCUGCUGAUGUCCUAUUGUCCGCUGGURGAGAGGCUCGGAUUUGAUGAAAACUUCAUGGAUGUCACAGAGAUGGUGGAGCGAAGGCUUGCGCAGACGACAGAUCCUGACAGCUUUUCAUUCAAAGGAAACGUCUACAAUCAUUUCAGUGCAGAGGUUAACGCCAGUGACCACCCGAGGCUGGCUUUAGGUUCACACGUUGCAGCGGAGCUGAGAGAAGCUAUCCACGGCAAACUUGGCCUGACCGGUUGUGCUGGCGUCGCUGCCAACAAGCUGCUGGCCAAGCUUGUUUCAGGCRCCUUCAAACCAAAUCAGCAAACCGUUUUACUUCAGGAGAACAUCGACGACAUGAUGGGCAGCUUGAGUGGCCUCCGGAAAGUACCUGGUACACAGGCUGAUGAAUCAGCAACCGAUGUUCUCAUUUAUAGGCUUUAAACAAGUCUAUUCUGCCCCUGCGUGAUUUUAUCACUGAUUUUAGUUACUUUUAAAAGAGUUUAA